AGUCCACGCAGCUGUAGAUAAUAUUGUAUAAUGUACUUUAUUAAGUCUGUGGUUACGGUCUGAUUCACUGUGCGAUAUCAUACCACCGGAGAACGCUGAUAUUGGGACCAAAUGUUCUGCUGAUUUCAACUGUUUUGAAAAUUGUUUAGGUGCUUUAAUACAUAUGGGUAGUUUUUUCGGACACGCUGCGUCUGGGAUUUUAUUCAUGAUAUUGGCAUCAUGGUGGACGAUACAACGAACAUUCAAUAACUACUAUCGCAACUAUCGAAGGACUCGCCGGAAAGCUAGACUGCCGUGUAUGAAUGUACCUUUUGAAGGAAUUUUAGUUGUCUUCUUGGCUCUUUCCGGCUUUAUCGGUGAACAAGUUUAUAAAACUUGGAAGUGGAGAAUAUUUGAUAAUGAAGGUAAUUUUAUUUACUCAAAUAUUUGGCAGCAUUGCACUAUGUGGGCCGCUUUUGCGUUCUAUGGAGCUGCCAAAAUUGCCGUGGCAACCUGCUUUAAAGGCUCAGAAAGAUGGGCUCAGGUGUUCUUAACUUUCGCUUACUUUAUUGAAUGUUUGCUGUUUUAUUUUCAUCUCCACGGACGAACAGAACUGAAUGUUCAGAUGCACUUGUUAGAGGUGACCAUUGUGUUUAUGUGCAUUCUAUUCAGUGCAGGUGAAAUAUGGCUCCCGGCUGACGAGGUACUUCCGUGGUUACGCACUUGGGCCACGUUUGUUCAAGGCUCGUGGAUGUUACAGAUUGGUUCAACGUUGUAUCAUCCUCUACGUAGCAAAGAUUACGAAUGGGAUGAGGAUGAUCAUCUGAACAUCAAAUUCUUUACAAUGGUCUUCGCUUGGCACUGCAUUCUCGGAACCAUUGUGGUGGCUGUCCAAGUGUUUGUAACCAAAGUAAUCAUGAAAUAUAUGUGUGGGUUGCAGUAUUCGUCUACAUACACAGGAUUAGAAGACAAGGACGAAGAGGAGGAAGAACGGUUCAUCAUGGAAACUAAAAAUAACUUUAGUGAUGAAGAAUGUAAAGUUAACUGAUAUAAGCCUAACGGAAUAUUGUCCAUUUUCCAUUUUUCAUAGCUUUUUUUUUUAUAGGCUUACGUGUAGUGGCGUAACAAAGAGGUCUGGGGCCCUGGUUAAGGCUUGCUCGUGGCACUAUUACCUGGAGGAAAGGCCCCGUCCGCUUAUACAGUAUUUGACGUUUUAGGGAGAAAGUAUUUUAUGUUUUUUAACACGUUAGUAGGUUAAAAAGGUAAAAAGCUCAGCCAAUAUGUGGGGCAAACCAUGGUGAUAUCCCUGGGUCCUUUUGGUCAGAUAAAAGGUAGAGGAAGAAUGUUUUAUAAAGGAAACUAAAACAACUUCAGUGAUGUAGUAAAAUUAUAAAUUUGCAGUGGCCUAUGGCAUAAUAUACGUUUAUAAUUAUUAUAGACCUAAGUAUAUAACUUAUAUCCUAAGUAUGAGUUAUUUUGCCCUGCAAACGAACAGUUUCGUAACAAAAUGCAUACAAAUGGCGAUCGUCUGCAUGCCUAAUCGUUGUGUUACUCAUGAGAUGUAUUACUCAUGCGAUAAUCAAACAACGCAACGAUUCAGUUAAAAUUUAACUUUCGAGCAAACACGUUCGCGUGCAUUUCACCCAUGAUUUCACAAAGCAAUUUAAUUUAAGGUGAUAUUUAUUCAACCAAUGUGCAAAGAGAACAUUUAGUACAAAGGUCAAUUUCUAGAACAGUCUAGAAUCCGAAGCUUGUUUAAACUGCUCUUUAACAAUAAAAGGAUAGUAACAAUCAUUGAUACAUAUUAUAAUGAACAAAAAAACACAAGCUAGCAAAGAAAACAAGUGGAUGUCUAACAAUAUUAAGCUUUAUGGGGUUUUUUUUUACACAAAAUGUUUAAACUUGCCUAGGAUACUGAAAUCUUUGAGUGUAACGUAAAUUCUACAUCACUUUAGACUUCAUAGUAUUUGACCAGCUUAGAUGCCUUUCAUUGAUGUUUGUGCUAUUCAUCGCUUGGCUCCUCCUUAUAUUAACUCAAAAUUAAUCAACACGGCAUCCCAGAACUUCAUUUUUUCAGUUACCCAUCCUAAGUUAAAAAAUAAAAGCACGGUUUAAAUUACAUAAUUCAUCAUUUUUUGUAAUAUUUCUGCUUAUAUUUGCCAUUCUUCGUAUUCUUCUUUUUCCAAGGAAAACUUUUUCAAAGCGUACUAUGUACUUUCCCCAUAUUUUGUUAUUGUUUUUAUCUAUUGAAAUUGUUCUAUGGAUUAUAUUUUAUGUUUAUGUAGUGUGAUUGGCAUUGCUGAAUUUUUUUUGUCAUGAGGGCAUCAAUGUUCAACAUAGCUGGAAAAGCAGCCCUGGAGAAAUUAAGUUAAACAAAAUAAAAUAGGGCCUUUUUGUUAAAUUGUGUUCCACAUAAUAUUUAGUUAAUUAAAAAUGGGCUUUUAGAGGCAAAUUGUAUAUGAAUGUUGCAUACGGUUCAUGGAAAUUUAUUAUACUGAAACAAGACAUUAAUAUUGGUAACUUUUUGUAAACCUGUCUAUAUUACACUCACACAUUUU